UGCGGACCCCAGGGAGGUGCUGAUGGACGGGCUGAGGAGGAAAGAGACCUCGUGGGGGAGGCUCUGACAGGGAAGGAUGUGCCCUGGGUCACCUCACCUGCAAGGGGUGUCUCAGGAGGCUCUGGGCCUAUUUCCUGCUUCACCAUGGAAACCAGAUGCAAGCCUCUGGGAAGUGAAUGUUCCCCUUUCUGUGGGACUGCUGACGUGAGAACCCCGUCACAGGCAGGGCCAACCUCCCAGGGGCCACACCCUGUGUGUCUGUCUGUUUACAGGACACUGUGUCCUCCUGCAUCUGCACAGCGGGGUGCAAAGAGAGGAGACGCCAUGACUCCCAUCCUCACAGCCCUGCUCUGCCUCGGGCUGAGUGUGGGCCUCAGGACCCCAGUGCAGGCAGGGCCCCUCCCCAAGCCCACCAUCUGGGCUGAGCCAGGCCCUGUGAUCCCCUGGGGGAGCCCCGUGACCAUCUGGUGUGAGGGGACCCCAGGGGCUGAGGAGUACCAUCUGGAUAAAGAGGGAAGCCUGGCACCAUGGAAAAUAGAGAAGCCACUGGAGCCUGGGGACAAGGCCAAGUUCUCCAUCCCACACAUGACAGAGCGUGAUGCUGGGAGAUAUCGCUGUCACUAUCUCAGACCUGAUAGCUGGUCAGAGCGCAGUGACCCCCUGGAGCUGGUGGUGACAGGAUUCUACAGCAAACCCAGCCUCUCAGCCCUGCCCAGCCCUGUGGUGACCUCAGGAGGGAACGUGACCCUCUGAACGUGUGGCUCAUGGGAGAGAUUUGACAGAUUCCUUCUGACUAAGGAAGGAGAUCACAGGCUCUCCCGGACCCUGGACUCACAGCCACAGCCCAGUGGCCGGUCCCAGGCCUUGUUCCCUGUGGGCCCUGUGACCCCCAGCCACAGGGGGACGUUCAGAUGCUAUGGCUGCUACAGGAACAGGUCCCAGGUGUGCUCACACCCCAGUGUUGCCCUGAAGCUCCUGGUCUCAGGUGAGUCUGAGAAGCCCUCCCUCCUGAGCCAGCAGGGCCCCAUCGUGGCCUCUGGACAGAGCCUGACCCUCCAGUGUCGCUCUGAUGUCGGCUAUGACAGAUUCGCUCUGCACAAGGAGGGGCGACGGGACCUCCCCCAGAGCCUUGUCCUGCAGCCCCAGGCUGGGCUCUCUCAGGCCCACUUCCCCCUGGACACUGUGAGCAGCUCCCACGGGGGCCGGUACAGAUGCUACGGUGGAUACAGGCUCUCCUCUGAGUGGUCGGCCCCCAGUGACCCCCUGGACAUCCUGGUGGCAGGAUGGCUGGGUUACCGACCCUCCCUGUUGGUGCAGCCAGGCCCCAGGGUGGCCUCAGGAGAUGACGUGACCCUGCUGUGUCAGUCACGGAGCCUGACAGACACUUUCCUUCUGUCCAAGGAGGGGGCAGCUGGUCCCCCCGACCGUCUUACAUCAAAGCACCGAGCUCAGCAGUUCCAGGCGGAGUUCUCCAUGAGUCCUGUGACCUCAGCUCAUGGGGGCACCUACAGGUGCUACAGCUCACUGAACUCCUCCCCCUUCCUGCUGUCAUAUCCCAGUGAGCCCCUGGAGCUCCUGGUCUCAGGAGCAGCCGACACCAUCAGCCCCUCACAGAACAACUCAGACCCCAAGAGUGCCUCCCACUCGCAAGACUACACCGUGGAGAAUGCCAUCCGGAUGGGCGUGGCUGGAUUGGUCCUGGUGGUGCUCGGGGUGCUGCUAUUUUGGUCUCAAAACAGCCAGAAACAGACCCAAGAUGCAGCCAGGACGUGAACAUGGAGGGAACAGUGCACAAUUCAGAGAAGGGGAUCUUGGGAAUGUUCUGGAAGAUAACGUGGGACAUAUGCUGAGGGACCUGUCUGCAGCUCCUUGCAGGUGGAGGAGUCAUUGUUCAUGUGCAGGGACAAGGUCUGGACCUUCUGCCCUUGAACUGUGGACCUUUCCCUCCUGAUCCCUGUGAGUCCUGUGACUGGUUCCUGACUUUCCCCAUUUUGAUGAAAUUAGCAUUUAUCCCAGGUGGCAGGUGCAGGUCCACACCUUCCUACACUUGCAUGGAAUAUAUUUUCCUUUAUUUCUAACCACAUGAACCUUCAUGUCCAUAUGGAGUCACCAUCUCCUGAGUCCAGAGCAUGCCGUCUAUUGGAAUCAGUCUACAAGGUGCACAAUCCAUCCUGCAAGAGGUAAACCCACACGAGGCCCUAAUGCCCUCUCUGGACUCCACACAGCC